AUGAAUAGUUCCAGCAUCCUCACCAAGUUGGGAAAGAAGUUGCAGAAGUUAGCUUCUAUCAACAGGAAGAGUAAUUCACUAACAAGAUCAACCUGGAAUGAUGUAAGGACAUCUGUGCUUGCCGAUAAGGGUCAUUUCGUCGUCUACACAAUUGAUCAAAAUCGCUUCGUAAUUCCAUUAGUGUAUCUUAACAGUGGGAUUCUCAGAGCGCUGUUAGAAUUAUCUAAAGAUGAGUUUGGGCUGCCAGGCGAUGGACCAAUCACAUUACCAUGUGAAGCAUUCUUCAUGGAGUACAUAAUCAUGUUAAUCCAACGAGGUGUGGAUAAAAAUCUGGAGGAACCUUUGCUUAUGUCAAUUGCCACAUGCUGUGCCUUAUCAUAUUCUCUUCCAUAUGAAGAACCAACAAUCCUGCAAUUCCGUGUUAGUACUGAAUGUCAUAGAAUCUCAUCCAAUCAUGAACUUUUGGGCCACAGUUUCCCCACUUCUUGUCAGGGUCUUAGACAUAUCAGCGCAAAGAAGCUUAUCAAACUGGUAAGGAAAUGGCAGAAGCUUGCUCCUCUUAGCCGAAAAAGAAUCACAAUGCCAACAGCUCUUGGGAAGGUUGCUGAUGCAGAUGGUUGUAGCACAUCCACCAUUAAGAAGGGUCACUUUGCUGUUUACAGUAAUGAUACACUUUGCACUUCCAUUGGAAUGUCUUAA